AUGCUUUGGGAAAAAGCCGUCAUCGGGUCCAUCUUGGGCUUCGCAGCUACUUCUGCCGCGAAAAUCGUUGGAAUGGAGGAAGUUCCGCUCAUCGGGCCAGCCUUCUUGACCAACUUUGAUCCCUCCAAUUCCACCUCCAUUCGCAAUGCCAAGUCGAAGUUCCCCGGCCUCAUCGACAACUUGUUCGAAUCUGGGGAGCUCAACAAAACAGAUCUGGCCUUCUCCAUUGAUGUUUUCUCGGCUGCGACCAAUGCCUCAAUCUAUCACUACUCACACAUCGGAGAGAACUCCAAGAAGACUUUGACGCAGGGGAAAUUUGAUGACCAGACGAUCGGCCGAAUCGGAAGUGUCACCAAGCUUUUCGCAGUCUAUGCAAUCAUCGCCAAGUCGGGGAUCGAAAUAUUCAGUGAUCCAGUGACGAAGUAUCUCCCUGAGCUAGCAAGGAACUCAUCCGGCGAUUCAUUGAGAAGGAUUCGCUGGGAUGACAUUACCGUCGGUGCGCUGGCAUUUCAACAGGCUGGCACCGGAGGCGCCCUAGACCUUCUCACCUACUUUCGUGAUAAGAAAUCCCCCGUCAUUGCUCCAUGGCGGAACGCAGUCUACUCAGAUGGCGGCUUUGCCAUUCUGGGCCAGGUGCUGGCGCGCAUUUCCGGCAAGACCUUCACAGAAGCAAUUCAAGAGAUUUUGUUCGAUCCCCUAGGAAUGGAAAACACAUCCACGAAAGUCCCGACGGGCUCAGAUCUCAACGCUCUGAAUCGCUCCGUUAUUGACCCGAAAUCAUCAUGGGGUGGAGACUACGAGAUCCUCGCCGCAACGGGCAGUAUGUACGCUAACGGAGCCGACCUACGCACUGCCGGCCUUGCAAUCCUCAACUCUGAGAUCCUCUCUGCGGCCACAACAUCCGAAUGGAUGAAGCCUCGCAGCGGAACGGGGACCCUAGUUGAGCUCGUCGGUGCACCAUGGGAGAUCUCCCGCCUGACGAUCCCCGUAACCCCAGGCUCCAAUCGGACUCGUAUCUCGGAUGUCUACAUCAAGAGUGGCGGUAACGUUGACUACACGGCUAUCUUCGGUCUCUCCCCCGACCACGGCAUCGGAUUCUCCAUUCUCCUCGGUGGCUCAACUGCCACACCAGCUCGCUGGCCGCUCCGCGACGUCGUCGGCGAGACAUUUAUCCCUGCUGCGGAAUUCGCGGGUGUGGAAAACGCCAAGCGCAACCUCGCCGGUGUCUUCGUGGAUAAGAGUUCGCCCGGUACAAACCUCACUUUGACUGUUGACAGAGGUCGUCCGGGACUCGGCGUGAAGUCAUUCUGGAUUAACGGCACCAGUGGCAUCACCAGUCAGCAUGAGCGUCUUUACCCAGCGGGGUUGAGCUCUGUUUCUUCUUCCCUGUCUUCGUUGUAUAGGACCAAGGGGGCGAUGAGCAUUGCGCAUCGUAUGGCGGCGCCGGAGGUCCCGGUUAAGCCUCGCGCUGCUGCUGAUGGUGGCCAGGGUGGCUUGUUCGAUCACUCAUUCACAUGGAUGACCAUCGACUUUGCGGGUGCGGAUGAUGAGUUGAUUCUUAAUUUGGUUGAUGGUCGGCUGGUCAGUGUUGAGUAUCCGCUGACUGGAUCUGUCUUCCAGCGAGCUCAUUGA